AUGCUGUGGCAAGCUGCCCCGAAGGAUGAGUUUGACCUGACGGAGUACUGGCUUGGUUUUGGUUUGAUUGUGACGCCGCACCGGGCUGGCCUGGAGGAGGGGGAGGGAUUUGGCCUGACGGAGUGGUGGUGGCCUGGUUUGAAGAAGGCCCUGGUUGGGGCUGAGAAGUGCCAGAGGGCUGAAGCUCAGUCUGGACGACCGAACCACUUUGAGGAGCAGGAGCAGGAGUGGGAGUAG